CAUCCCAUUUCCUAACACCAAGCUUCCGCCUCCGAGAAAAUCGCCUGUUUUUUGCAAAGAGCUGCCCCUCUGUCAUCAUCCGCAGUUUUCCCAACCUUCAUCGAUCAACAAUGGCUCCCACCAUCAUCAACAAGGCCUUGACGACGACUCCUGCCGGGUUCAAGAAGCCGGCAUCGAUGGGGCCCCGUCGAGCCUACGUUACGUUCCUCGCUGGCGAUGGCGAUUAUGUUAAAGGCGUGGUCGGCCUCGCGAAGGGGCUGAGGAAGACGGGAACGCCGUACCCGUUGGUUGUUGCGGUGCUGCCCGAUGUGCCGGUGAGUCACAGGCAGGGGUGUAUUGUCCGCGAGAUCGAGCCCGUGCACCCGCCGGAGAAUCAGACUCAGUUUGCUAUGGCUUACUAUGUUAUUAACUACUCCAAGCUUCGCAUCUGGGGAGAGUUUGUGGACUACAGCAAGAUGAUAUACCUGGACGCCGACAUCCAAGUCUGUGGGAACAUCGACGAGCUCUUCGAUCUCCCCGGCGGCUACUUCUACGCCGUCAUGGACUGCUUCUGCGAGAAGACGUGGAUGCCAUCUCAUACCAAAUCGCGCUACUGCCAGCAAAUGCCCCGGUUAAGGUCCAGUGCGACCCGUUCGGAACAAGAUGGGCCCACCGCCGCCGACUACUACUUUCACGCCGGCAUGUUCGUCUUCGAGCCCAGCGUCUCCACCUGCGAGGCUCUGCUCUCCACCCUGAAGGUCACCCCUCCCACGGCCUUCGCUGAACAGGAUUUCCUGAACAUGUUUUUCAGGGACAUAUACAAACCUAUCCCUCUGGUCUACAACCUGGUUCUGGCCAUGCUGUGGAGGCACCCGGAGAAUGUGCAGCUGGACAAGGUCAAAGUCGUCCAUUACUGCGCUGCGGGGUCGAAGCCAUGGAGGUAUACGGGGAAGGAGGAGAACAUGGACAGAGAGGACAUCAAGGCGCUGGUUGAGAAGUGGUGGGAUAUUUACAACGAUGCCACUCUGGACUACAAAGUCAGACUAGUAGCAUUUGAGGAGCAAGUGGCGAACCAGACUCUACUAGUUACACUACCACCUGUGAUUUCACCACUAGUGAUUUCAGCUAAACCUAUUGCAGAGGAGUCCGUAGAAGGUAUACCAGGAGUUACACCACCACCAGCAAUUGACAGGACCACAGAGCAGGAGACUUGGCUCCAUUUAGUUGAGCGGUACCAGAAGAUGAGAGCACCAAAGUUUCGGGGAUCAUCAGACUCAUUAGUAGCCCACAAGUGGAAGAAAGAGUUAGAACUAUCCAAACUGGAGCAGGGAGACAUGUCUGUAGCUGACUACGAGAGCAGAUUCAUGAGUUUACUUCGCUUCACGGGCAUGUGGCAGACAAGAGAGCGCUAUGCUCAGAUGUUUCUUUUAGGGCUUCGACCAAGGCUUCGCUGCUACCUCAUUUCUAGAGGGUUCCACUCAGUUCGAGAGAAGACCAAGGAAGGUAGUUCUAAGGCAGGACAACAUAGUGAUAAGGGCAAGGGCAAUAGACCUUUUGCAGGACCUAAAGGACCCCAGCAUCGGGGCAAUGAUUUUCACUAUCAGCAGCAGGGACAGUAUAAGAAGGGAUCACAGUAG